AUGGCAAGCAACCUUCAGGCAUAUCAUAACGCAUGGCUUGGGUGGGGGUUCUGCUGCGCUUGGCGGCUCUUUUGGGGAGCGGUGCUUGGCAGCGAUUUUGGGGGCUGCCGAUGGCGCGCGUGGCUCUGGCGCCGUGCGAUGCCGCAAGCCUGCCGCCGUAAAGUUCCCCGAAAAUACGGGGCGUGGUGGGCGUUGGUGCCUCGACGAGCUUGCCGGCAUCACCGAGGUGCUGUGGGGGUAAAUUCUCCCCUUAUUCACGCGAGGCCGCUCACGUACGGCGUGUGCCUCGCAAAAAUGCUUUGGCCCUGGAAAAAGGGGUGUGCCUCAUUGUGCCUUGUGGACUGGCGGCCCUUUGUUUCAUUUCCUCGCCUUCAUUGUAUCAAUGGUGGCGCCUUUUCUGGGUUGUCGAUGGCUUCGCUCCAGGGCUCAAAAAAGAAAAACCAACCUCCUUCCGCAUUGCGCCAAGCUGCUUUUAGUAUGCUUCAAACUCGCAGAAUGUUUUUAUUAUGGGCCUCUUUUUUUUUUUCACCAUGUUGUCUGGGAUCGCGCGCGCGUUGA